AUGUUCGCGUUCAUUUUCGAUGGCUACGUGGUUAUCGACCUGUCAUGUGGUUUUGGCUGGGGCGGUUCACCUGCGUUCUACUCCUUGUUCGGGGCGGUAAUCAACGACUUGUACGAGCCCAGGGGCCCAACGAACAGCUCCGUCGACUCCAGCAGCUUCGUCGGAAACGUUUGGUGCAAUGACCAUACGUGUGUUGAAAUUGACUUAGGCAGUCGUUGUCAUGAUGCUAACAUCGCCCUCCGACGGGCGAUGGCUGCAAUAUUGGGUCCGUCCGCCAUCAAUAACGAAAAAUUUAUGGAGUGGUCACAAGUCAACAAAGCGCUGGAACUGGUGUGGAACACUUCGGAAGGCACCGUAUCCAUUCCUUUGUGCAAGUUACAGAAGACGGAGUGUCGAGUACACAAGCUGCUGGAGGACGGCCGUUCCACAAGACGAGACUUCAACAGUGUACUCGGCGUGAUGCGGCACGUAUCCAUAUGUUUUCCUCCGGCACGGGCCUUUUACCAGCUACUUCACACGACCUCCGGUGGUUCGGUGCUGUCCUUGCUCGAAACGACCGCUUCAAUGGUAUACCGGUGGCCCCAAUUUGCCAAUAUCGCCGAACCUGACAUCCACGUGUACACGGACGCCUGUGACAACGGUCUCUGCGCUCUUGAUCCCAGUCGUCGUGAGUUCAUCAGGCUAAAAUUCAGUCCCGACGAGUCCCAUGCCUCCAGCAACUCCAUCAACAGACGGGAACUGCAGAGCGCCGUGCUACCGGCGCUGGUGUGGGGCCUGUUACUCCCGCCUUCCUCAAACUGCUGUAUCGGUCACUCAACCUCGGCCAACCGCGACAUCGUCUACUGUGGGGCAGUGCCUAUUUCUUUCUACUUCGGAGAUCUGAAUGCUUAG